CGUUCCCUGCCCCCGCACUGAGGUCCGCAGAGCUUCCCGGGCUCGCGACUGAGACGUAGGUAAACUCUGCUUCCACUACGUCCCCGCGACGCUGAGUAGAUGAAAGAAGUCUCUAGGCAACCGCGCGCUGCACCAUGGGGGACCAACGGGAAGGGCGGGGCUUUAAGGUCUCCCGGCCAGGCCAAGCGGGCCUUGGAUUGGCCGAAAACCAUCGGGGGAAGUCGUAAAUCGAGAGUGCACGAGGCCGGCGCCACUCCCGGACGGCGUGGAACGCGCUGGGGCGGGGAGGCGGGUGUACGAACGGAAGCCUAGGCGGGACACGCGGUCGGGGGCGGGAAGUACGGACGCCGGAGCGGCGCCCUGGGUGAGAAACGCUACCGGCGUAGGUCCGGGGCGCAACUGCCGCCCUGUCCCGGAGGCCGCCGGCGGCCUUGUUGCGGCUCUCCCGGGGGAGACGAAAGACGAGGUGGCCAUGGCGGAAAGGCCAGAGGACCUGAACCUUCCCAACGCCGUCAUCACCAGAAUCAUCAAGGAGGCGCUCCCCGACGGCGUCAACAUUUCCAAAGAGGCCCGGAGUGCCAUCUCUCGGGCCGCCAGCGUGUUCGUGCUGUACGCCACGUCCUGUGCAAACAACUUUGCUAUGAAAGGAAAACGGAAGACCCUAAAUGCUGGUGAUGUACUAUCGGCUAUGGAAGAGAUGGAAUUUCAGCGAUUUGUUUCCCCUUUAAAAGAAGCACUAGAUGCAUAUAGACGUGAACAGAAAGGUAAGAAGGAAGCUUCAGAGCAAAAGAAGAAGGAUAAAGACAAAAGGACAGAUUCUGAGGAACAAGACAAGAGCAGAGAAGAUGAUAAUGAUGAGGAUGAUGAAAGAAUGGAUGAGGAGGAACAGAAUGAUGAAGAAGAGGUUGACAAUUGAGCUUCAUGGAGAGAAUGUAGAGUCAGAUGAUGAGAAACUUGGGGCUCAACACUGUUGCCUUCAUUGUGCUGUCGGACAGCGGAUUCUGUGGCCUUUUUCCUCCACUGCUAAGAAUGCCCAUUUAUGAGGACCUAAGAAUACUUAUUGAAUAAUCCCCAAACCAGAGUUUUUCUGAAUUAGACCUGUAUUUUCUAUUUACAUAAUCCAUAAAUUCUGGCCUUUUGACAAGGUAGGUUAUGAAUUGCCAUUUAGUCAGAUUUUUAUGGGAGAAAAAAUGUAGAAGAUUUAUAUAUAUUUCACAUCCUAUUUUAUGACCCAAAUGUUCAUACUGUAUUUAGGGGCUGUAAAGAAAAUUGGAGAGGUUUGAACUCUGAGUAUAAGUAGCCUCUGGUAGAUAGAAUGUAGCUCACUGAAAGAGUGAUCAGGGCACUCUGGAUCUGGAUUUGGAUCUGGAUCCAAAAAGUCUGGGAUAGAGAAUGAAAUUCUCAUCCCUUUGAAGUAACUUUCAGUAACGUUUCUGCUUACUUUGGUUUGUAACUGAUUAUCUUCUGUUCCUGAGUCCUUUCCCCUGGUCUCUUGCUGAGUUUGGAGCUUGGUUCCUUCCUAUUUGCCACACCCUACUCAGCACUUUGAAUAUGUUUUGAAGUUUGUACUUCACUAUAUUAGUGGAGUGUUGGGUCUAAUGUAAAGUUGGCAAUACACCUCAAGAUUCUCUUCCCCUACCCCUACCUACUGAACAGAAGUUUGAAAACAGACUUUCUGGUAUACGUAAUCCCUUUACUUUUGGUUUUAUAGUGAACCUCACAUGUGUCUCAGCCUUGGCUAUUUUGACAAGCUCCAAAAUUCAUUUCCUCCAGGCCCUACACAGUCACUCUCUCCAGAUUGUUCUUUGCUUUGCUAACUUGUGACCAUAAAUCCAGCUUAAUUUAAGAAAUGUUAGAUUUCUUCCAAUCCCAGAGUUCUGGCUCUUGUCUUUUAAAGACAGCUUGAUAGUAUAACUGUUAAUGAAAUCUAAUAAUGCUUAGGAAUGUAAUUCUAGCAAACCACCUUUCUGAAGUGGUUUUGAUGGGGCCUUCAUCUUUUGUUAGGCUCCCCUUCCAUUCACUCCCAACAUCUCUGUCUUCAAGUUAAGUGGUUAUUUCUGAAGGUUAAAAGCUCCCAGAAGACCUUUGUCACCAUGAUAAAAAUCUGUUUAACUAGACGGGGCUCCCACAAUGACCACAUUCAGUCCCUCUAUUAAGGGCUACCUUGAGAAUUAGGAAUAAGAGUUUUUGCCAACUUCUCCCCCUAGUCAGUCUCAUUUUUUUGGUCUAUAAAAUACAAACUGACCAUUCCAACUGAAGUAUGACAGGUGAACAAAUGUAGUCUGGUACCAUUUACUCAUUAAUGGAUUAUAGGGAUAAGUUUGUUGACAAAUAAGGGAAGAAUCUCAUUUCACUCUACAUUCAAGGGAAGAAAAUGUAAUGGUUUGUAUAAAUAAAGAAUGUUGUUUAAAUCGUUA